UUCAUUAUAUCAAAGCAAAAAACAAAGUGAAUAAGCAAGCAAGAAUGGCUAGGUUCCUUAAUCGUAUUCAAAUGUUUGCAGCUUUCUUUGCUACCAUUCUCCUUGUUACUUCAGCUUUUUCGGACGAGAAGGAACCAAAACCAAGCAAGGCAUGUUUGCGUAUAAGUGACACAUGGCCUCAUGGAAGAUGCUAUCAUUCUGCAGUAUGCAAUCAUUUCUGCCAGAAAGUAGAAAAUGCAAUCUCAGGACAAUGCGUUUUCUUCUUCAAGAAAUGCCAAUGCCAAUUCUGUGAUGAGGAGGAAGAGAAACUCUCCACAUAAUUAAACUGCAUCACAUAAUAAGAUGUAUUCUCUGCAUUCUAAUUAGGGGACUCAGUUGUUUAAUCUUUUCAAUAAAUAGUAUUACUAUAGUCUAAGAAUGAUCAUCGAUCUUAUUUUCUAAGUUCA